CACCCUCUGCUGCUUUCCUCCCAGCAGGGAGCAGUACCCACAGGAGAUCCCAGGGGCUUUGCAAGGGGAGAACUAGUCAGUUGAACCACUGCACCAAGCCCAGCCACUUAAUACUUUCAAAACAACACUUACAAAUAUCUGUACAAUAUUAAUACACACUAGGGAAUGAAGUCCUAGAAAAAUUCAGUUACAUAAAGGAAUUGUGUCCAUCACCAAUUAGAACAAGGCAGCCUGCAGUCUCCAUGCCUUUUAGCUCACAGAGCAUGCCUCACGUAAGUCAGCUUUCCUUAACUCAUCUGGAAGGUAUUGGGAGGAUAAAAAUAGGCAGAAUAUUCAGAAUUUCCAUCUAGGAGUUUCCUGCUUUUGCCUGCAUUUCAAUUGUCAGUCCAGGGCCUGAGACAGUGGAAGCAUUUUACGCCACAAGCGCCCAGGCUGCCAGGUAGCUUGCGCAUUAGCCUCUGCCUGCCUGAAACAGCGCCUUUCCUGUUCUCUGGGAAUGGAAAAAGGAAGAAGGAAGACUCUAAAGAGCCAGAAGCCAGAGUGACAAACAUGGUGCUGGGGAGUGGGGGUUGGCGACCGCGCACAGGUGCCUUUUCACAGGAAGUGGGGUCCUGGAGUCCCUCAGUCCCCUAGAGAAGGAGCAGGCCGCCACUGACCCCGUGCUGUCUUGGGGCUGGCACCCUUUCCUGUUCUUUCCUGCUUGAGUUUGUUCCUCACACAGACCUGGAAAGCGCUGGGUGGAUGUGUGCCUGGGAACUCUGUCACUUCCCUCCUGUCUGGGUGGCAGGUGUCCUCCGCAAGCCAGGCCUUUGGGAGUGAGGAUCCAAGUAACACAUUCCUUCACGUGCGGGCCGCGGGCUGCCUGGAGUCUGUGGGCCCCGCGGAGCAGCGACAGGGCUGGCGUCCACCGUGCUGGGCGCGCCCCGCCAGCCUCCUCCAGCAGUUCAGCUCUGGGUGUCAGGGGCGUGUCUCGCUGGUCUAGACUGGGAGGGGAGUGAGUGACUUUUGAGAUGGGCAGGAUAAGGCGAACCGAGCGGCGGGAGAAGCCAUACACAGAAAGAAACCAGAUACCAUCUCAGAGUGACAGGAGGCCGGCGCUCCCUCCAGCCCUGAACUCACACUCCUGUCCGCCCCGGGGCUGGAGAGGUACACCCAGCUGGGGAGGUGGGGAAGGGGCUUCAGGUGGGCAGGAGUGGGCCCCAGGAGGGAGCAGGAGGGGCUCAAUGGGGGGCGGGGAACCAGGCAGGUUUUAAUUAAGCGAAAGCUUAUGUCAGCUGGAGGACUGCUUCCUCAGGUGGGGGGAGGGGAUCGGCUGACUCAGCCCUGCCCCCGCCCAGAGGAACUGCUGGCUGGGCUGGAGCCCCGAGCUUUUAUUUGGGUCUGGGGGAGGAGCUGCAAACACUCUCUCUCUCAACAAUUCCUGUCUGAGCUGAGCAAGGGGAAGCCCGCCUUGUUCCUCAGCCGUCUGCUUGUGUUUGCGGUGUCGAGGAGUCUGACUUGCCCUACAGUUUACACUGGGGCUCAGCUCCUGUCGUCCUUUCCCCGUGCAGUGUGUAAAAGAAGCUUGCCAGAGACCAGUUGUGCCCUUUAUUUCGCCUUAAUCUUUACAAUCCAAAGGCCCCUGUUUGGGUAGAGCCUUGCUUAAGCCCCCCCUAAGGAGCAGUUUGCCAGUCUGUGCUUGCCCAAACAGAGUAACCAGCAAGCAAGCCAAGAUCGCAUCCAGGAUCUGCAAGAAUCGUUAGCAACUGAGCAGAUUUCGAUAAACCAAUAAAGGCUUUUCUAUUUUGUUCAUCUGUUACCCUUAUGCUGCUGCCACUUUCACACGCAGUGCCUGUAGGCGGAGAGUAUGAGCUAGCAGCGUUUCACAAACGAAAGUGAGCGGAAAAGGGCAGCUUCCCCUUUAAGGCAGCUUCAGCCCCAGCGCCCUCCCCUUUCCUGAUUGACAAACCUACCCCGAGUCACAUGAUCCGCCUCUAUUUGAAGGUCACAAAAAGCUGCUUCCUUUAGAGACAGAGGGGGAGAGAGAGAGCAAGAGGGAGAGUGAGUGAGAGAGAGUUAGUUCAAGCCAAAAUGGCCGACAGAGUCUCUGCUGGUUUCUGAAUAUUUAAGAUACAAAAAAACAGACAGACAAAAAGAAUUCAUUUUUUGGACCUUUUUCAUUUCCAUUUCUACCUUGUAUGCCUCAAUUUGCUGGAUUUAAGCACUGCUGCACUUUAUGAGAGAGAAGGAGCAAGAAAGGGAAGAACAGUUAAUGGAAGACAAGAAAAGGAAGAAAGAGGAUAAAAAGAAAAAAGAAGCCACUCAGAAGGUCACGGAACAAAAAACCAAAGUGCCCGAAGUGACGAAACCAAGUCUAAGCCAACCAACGGCCGCCAGCCCGAUUGGCAGCUCCCCAUCGCCACCAGUCAGUGGUGGCAACAAUGCCAAAAGGGUGGCAGUGCCGAACGGACAACCGCCAAGCGCCGCCCGCUACAUGCCUCGGGAGGUGCCGCCGCGAUUCCGUUGCCAGCAGGACCACAAAGUGUUACUGAAGCGUGGGCAGCCCCCUCCGCCGUCCUGCAUGCUCCUGGGGGGCGGGGCAGGGCCUCCUCCCUGCACAGCACCUGGAGCAAACCCAAACAACGCACAAGUGACAGGGACGCUGCUGCAGAGCGAGAGUGGGACUGCGUCAGAGUCAACCCUUGGAGGUGCUGCUGCUUCAAAUUAUGCAAAUCCCACUUGGGGCCCUGGAGCCUCCUCCAACAACGGCGCCUCCCCCAACCCAAUUCACGCCUGGGACAAGGUGAUUGUAGACGGGUCUAACAUGGAAGAGUGGCCUUGUAUUGCCAGCAAAGACACUGAAUCUUCUUCCGAAAAUACCACCGAUAACAACAGUGCCUCUAACCCUGGCUCUGAGAAGAGCACUCUGCCAGGAAGCACCACUAAUAACAAAGGCAAAGGGAGCCAGUGCCAGUCUGCAAGUUCCGGGAACGAAUGUAACCUUGGGGUCUGGAAGUCUGACCCCAAGGCUAAAUCUGCUCAACCGUCCACCUCUACUGCGGAGAGCAAUGGUGGGCUAGGGAAUUGGAGGAAUGCAAGUGGUCAGGAUAGAAUUGGACCUGGCUCUGGUUUCAGCAACUUUAACCCAAAUAGCAACCCAUCUGCCUGGCCAGCACUGGUCCAAGAAGGAACUUCUAGGAAAGGGGCAUUGGAAACGGACACAAGUAAUUCCAGUGCACAGGUUAGCACAGUGGGUCAGGCAUCCAGGGAACAGCAGUCAAAGAUGGAAAAUGCGGGUGUGAACUUUGUUGUCUCUGGCAGAGAACAGGCUCAAAUUCAUAACACUGAUGGACCAAAAAAUGGAAACACUAACUCCUUGAACUUAAGUUCACCAAACCCCAUGGAGAGUAAGGGAAUGUCCUUUGGAAUGGGCUUGGGGAACACCUCCAGGAGCACUGAUGCCCCUUCACAAAGCACUGGAGAGCGAAAGGCUGGGAGUGUUGGAUCCUGGGGUGCAGCUAGGGGGCCUUCUGGAACUGACACAGUCUCUGGACAAAGCAAUUCUGGAAACAAUGGGAACAAUGGAAAAGAUAGAGAGGACUCCUGGAAAGGAGCUCCUGUUCAGAAAUCAUCUGGGUCAAAAAAUGACUCCUGGGACAACAGUAACAGGUCUACGGGUGGGUCCUGGAACUUUGGCCCUCAGGACUCUAAUGACAACAAGUGGGGUGAAGGGAACAAAAUGGCAUCCGGGGUCUCUCAGGGAGAAUGGAAACAGCCGACUGGGUCUGAGGAAUUGAAAAUUGGAGAAUGGAGUGGUCCAAACCAACCAAAUUCUAGCACUGGAGCAUGGGACAAUCAAAAGGGCCACCCCCUCCCUGAAAACCAAGGCAAUGCCCAGGCUCCCUGUUGGGGAAGAUCUUCCAGCUCCACGGGAAGUGAAGUUGGAGGUCAGAGCACUGGAAGCAACCACAGAGCAGGAAGUAGUGACAGUCAUAACUCUGGCCGUCGGUCGUACCGGCCCACACAUCCUGAUUGUCAGGCUGUCUUGCAGACUCUUUUGAGCCGAACUGAUUUGGACCCCAGGGUGCUCUCAAACACUGGCUGGGGCCAGACUCAAAUUAAGCAGGACACAGUGUGGGAUAUUGAAGAGGUGCCAAGGCCCGAGGGGAAAUCUGACAAAGGAACUGAGGGGUGGGAGAGCGCUGCCACACAGACCAAGAACUCAGGGGGCUGGGGAGACGCACCCAGCCAAAGCAAUCAAAUGAAGUCUGGAUGGGGGGAGCUCUCAGGCCCCGCAGAGUGGAAAGACCCCAAGAACACAGGAGGCUGGAAUGACUACAAGAACAACAAUUCUUCCAGCUGGGGAGGAGGCCGGCCAGAUGAGAAGACACCUUCCUCCUGGAAUGACAACUCCAGCAAGGAUCAAGGGUGGGGAGGAGGGCGCCAGCCUAAUCAAGGAUGGGCCUCGGGAAAGAAUGGCUGGGGAGAGGAAGCUGAUCAAGCAAAAAACAGCAAUUGGGAAAGUUCCGCAAGUAAGCCUGUGUCCGGGUGGGGCGAAGGAGGGCAGAAUGAAAUCGGAACAUGGGGUAAUGGUGGGAAUGCAAGCCUUGCUUCCAAAGGUGGCUGGGAGGAUUGCAAAAGGUCACCGGCUUGGAAUGAGACCGGCAGGCAGCCCAGUUCCUGGAAUAAACAGCACCAACAGCAGCAGCAGCCACAGCAGCAGCCACCGCCACCACAGCCAGAGGCCUCGAGCUCCUGGGGAGGCCCACCCGCACCACCCCCAGGCAACAUCCGACCCUCCAGCUCGAGCUGGGGCAGUGGGCCGCAGCCCACGACCCCGAAGGAUGAGGAGCCCAGCGGCUGGGAGGAGCCCUCCCCACAGUCCAUCAGUCGGAAGAUGGACAUUGAUGAUGGCACCUCCGCCUGGGGUGACCCCAACAGUUACAACUACAAGAAUGUGAAUCUGUGGGAUAAGAAUUCCCAGGGAGGCCCUGCACCUCGCGAGCCAAACCUGCCCACCCCAAUGACCAAUAAAUCAGCAUCAGUCUGGAGCAAAAGCACAGCCCCUGCUCCAGAUAACGGCACGUCAGCCUGGGGUGAGCCGAGCGAGAGCAGUCCUGGGUGGGGCGAGGUGGAUGACACAGGAGCGGCAGCCACGGGCUGGGGACAUGCACCCACCAGCGCUCCCAAUGCCACGAAACCCAAUUCCAAAUCUAUGCAAGACGGCUGGGGGGAGAGUGAUGGGCCAGUGGCAGGAACUCGCCAUCCCAGCUGGGAAGAGGAGGAGGAUGGAGGAGUCUGGAACACCGCCGGCUCUCAGGGAAGCGCUUCCUCCCACAACUCAGCCAGCUGGGGACAAGCAGGAAAGAAGCAAAUGAAGUGCCCACUCAAAGGAGGAAACAACGAUUCCUGGAUGAAUCCUCUUGCCAAACAGUUUUCAAACAUGGGAUUGCUGAGUCAAACUGAAGAUAAUCCAAGCAGCAAAAUGGAUUUGUCUGUAGGAAGCCUUUCAGAUAAAAAAUUUGAUGUGGACAAGCGAACAAUGAAUCUCGGGGAUUUUAAUGAUAUCAUGAGGAAAGAUCGAUCUGGGUUCCGUCCACCUAAUUCCAAAGACAUGGGAACCACAGAGAGUGGGCCUUAUUUUGAGAAGCUGACUUUGCCUUUCUCCAAUCAAGAUGGGUGCCUUGGGGAUGAGGCUCCCUGCUCUCCCUUCUCCCCUUCUCCCAGCUACAAGCUGUCUCCCUCGGGUUCCACACUGCCCAACGUCAGCCUUGGAGCAAUCGGCACAGGGCCCAACCCCCAAAACUUCGCUGCUAGACAAGGCGGUAAUCAUGGCUUGUUUGGAAACAGCACAGCACAAUCGAGAGGCCUGCACACCCCUGUGCAGCCGCUGAAUUCCCCUGGUCUCCGGGCGCAAGUGCCUCCCCAGUUUAUUUCUCCCCAGGUUUCUGCCUCAAUGCUUAAGCAGUUUCCUAACAGUGGCCUGAAUCCAGGUCUUUUCAAUGUGGGGCCCCAGUUAUCCCCGCAACAGAUUGCCAUGCUGAGCCAGCUUCCACAGAUUCCCCAGUUCCAGUUGGCCUGUCAGCUUCUUCUGCAACAGCAGCAGCAGCAACAGCAGUUGUUGCAGAACCAGAGAAAGAUUUCUCAAGCUGUGCGCCAGCAGCAAGAGCAGCAGCUGGCCCGGAUGGUGAGUGCGCUGCAACAGCAACAGCAGAGGCAGCCCAGCAUGAAGCACUCGCCGUCCCACCCUGUUGGGCCCAAGCCACAUCUGGACAACAUGGUACCCAAUGCACUGAAUGUGGGGCUCCCCGACCUUCAAACCAAAGGGCCAAUACCUGGAUAUGGUUCAGGCUUCAGCUCUGGCGGCAUGGACUACGGCAUGGUUGGCGGAAAAGAGGCUGGGACUGAGUCUCGCUUUAAACAGUGGACCUCCAUGAUGGAAGGACUGCCCUCUGUGGCCACACAGGAAGCCAAUAUGCACAAAAAUGGCGCUAUAGUAGCCCCGGGGAAGACCCGAGGAGGGUCACCCUACAACCAGUUUGACAUCAUCCCAGGUGACACACUGGGUGGCCAUACGGGUCCUGCUGGUGAUAGCUGGUUACCUGCCAAAUCUCCACCAACCAAUAAACUCGGAAGUAAAUCCAGCAAUGCCAGUUGGCCUCCAGAAUUCCAACCAGGAGUGCCAUGGAAAGGUAUCCAAAACAUUGACCCUGAAUCUGACCCCUAUGUCACCCCAGGAAGCGUGCUGGGGGGCACAGCCACAUCUCCCAUUGUAGAUACUGACCAUCAGCUGCUGCGGGAUAACACCACAGGGUCUAAUUCUUCCCUCAACACCUCGCUGCCUUCACCUGGUGCCUGGCCCUACAGUGCCUCUGACAACUCCUUUACCAACGUUCAUAGCACUUCAGCAAAGUUCCCUGAUUACAAAUCAACAUGGUCCCCAGACCCCAUAGGACACAACCCCACUCAUCUCUCCAACAAGAUGUGGAAAAACCAUAUUUCCUCCAGGAACACUACACCGCUGCCCCGCCCGCCUCCCGGUCUGACUAACCCCAAACCGUCAUCUCCCUGGAGCAGCACAGCACCCCGAUCAGUCAGGGGGUGGGGGACGCAGGAGUCCCGGCUUGCCUCGGCCUCUGCCUGGAGUGACGGUGGCUCGGUCCGUCCUAGUUACUGGCUGGUUCUUCACAAUCUCACUCCUCAGAUUGACGGGUCAACCUUGAGAACGAUCUGCAUGCAGCACGGCCCACUGCUGACAUUCCAUCUGAAUCUAACCCAGGGCACCGCCCUGAUCCGAUACAGCACCAAACAGGAGGCGGCCAAGGCGCAGACAGCACUGCACAUGUGUGUGUUAGGAAACACUACCAUCCUGGCUGAGUUUGCCACCGAUGAUGAAGUUAGCCGCUUUCUGGCACAAGCUCAGCCUCCUACGCCUGCAGCAACCCCAAGUGCACCUGCCGCAGGGUGGCAGUCGCUGGAGACAGGCCAGAACCAGUCAGACCCCGUCGGACCUGCUUUGAAUCUUUUCGGUGGGUCCACUGGGCUCGGGCAGUGGAGCAGCAGUGCUGGUGGCAGCAGCGGGGCCGAUCUUGCUGGCGCUUCGUUGUGGGGACCCCCAAACUAUUCUUCUAGCUUAUGGGGAGUCCCGGCUGUGGAAGAUCCCCAUAGGAUGGGCAGCCCUGCUCCUUUACUACCUGGUGACCUUCUGGGAGGAGGGUCUGAUUCAAUCUGAACUUAGAACUUUCAACUCUGACCUCGUGACCUUUUUUGGAACAGCAGCAGCACUAACUUGACCUUUUCGUUUUUUUUUCAACUUGCAAUAAAUACAUUUUUAAAAGGAAAAAAGAAAACGGAGAGAGAAAAAAAGGUGGGUCAUUGACAGACUGUCUGAGCACAUAGUUGCCUCCCUUAUAACUUCAGUUUUUCGUUUGGAAAAUGAAUCCAAAAAGAGAACAUAUCACUCUUGAAAUACUUGAAUCAUGAACGCCAACCUAGAAAGACAAUGUGAAGCAAGUACACAUACCAUUUAAAUUUAAACACAAAAAAAUUAAAAAAAUUAGUUUCUAGUUUUUCACUUUUUUCAUGUUAUAUGGAAGUUGUUGCUAAGAAACAUAUAUACUGAAAAAAAUAGCUUUUUAACUUUGUUUGCACUGGGUGUGUUUCCGUCCUUAGGUCUACCAUGUUUGGGAGGGAGGGAAAUUCUAAAGAAUUGUUGGGGGAGGGGGGGAGGGAAGACUUGACGGAGCCUCACUUUAAAAACAAAAAACACAAAAAACCUAAAAAAAAAAAAAAAGGAAAAAAUUUGUGAUUGGCUGGUUGAUAAAUACCAGUAUAUUCUGGCACAUGUAACUGCCCAGGCAUGCUCGUCCCGGUAUGUGUGUGCACGUGUGUUCAUGUGCAUCCGCGUGCAUCUUUCUCUGUCUCUGUGUGUGUGCCUGUGUCCCCGCCCUGAUUUCCCAGAAAGCUGCGUCGCUGACCGUGGCUGCAGGCUGGCUGGCCGGCCAUCUGCUUUGGAUUUUUGUUUUCUUUUUGAAACUCUUGAGAACACACAAGCACCGGGAGCCACUGCGACUAAAGCCACUCCGUGGGGCUGCGUUGAGAUGGACAGAGUGCUUUUUUAAUAACUGAAGCAGAGAGCUCCUCUCCGCUUGCAAAUCGGCCCGAGCAAAUCGGUGAGCUUUCUGUGGCUUUUCUUUGACCUAGCGGUAGAGCGGAGCACUGCCAAGUCCACAAAACUAGGAGAGCAGGAGGCACCUCUUUCUGUUUUGCGAACUGAGCGGCCAGGACGCACGUCUGAGUACCUGUUGAGCGCCAUGCGGGGGCCAUUAGAAGAAAAGGCCCUUUAAAGUACGCGAUGUCUCCAAAGGGGAAACCUGUGGGUCAAGUAUGAGCAAUCCAGCACAGAAUCAGGUGGGAUGCAGAGCUGAAUGGCCGCCUCGGUUCUCUUUUCAUUUGACGGAAACAGGAAACACUAAGUGGUGGACAGCCUCCGGAAAGCUCCCCGCAGCCCGGCCCCUGGGCCUCGACGUGUUACAGGCCACUGCUGACAGAGAUGUUUACCUAACGAAUGUCCUUAAGCCAGUGUAUACUCCGUGCGAUUCCUUUCGUCUCUCUGUAUUUCCUGUAUAUGUGGUUUUGCUUAGGCAGGUAUAACUUAGCAGAGACUUUUUAAGUAUUGCACCUUUUUUUUUUGACCUCUUUCUUUCCCCUGCCCUUGUAAUGUUCCUUUUUUUUUUUUUUAAAUUUUGGUAUUUAAAGGUUUUGUUGCUGUUAUUGUUGUUGUUUUAAGCAUCAAUGUAGUAGUACUCUGGGCCGAACAGGGGGCGUUUAAUCCACAGUUACCACCAACCAACAUGUAUGUAUUUAUGUUGAAAUCCAAAUGUAUCAGACUGCUUAUGGUGAAGAGAGUGACAACAGAUCUAAAGGGGUCCCCCUUUUAGACAAGCAGAUGGCUGGCAGGGUUGGGGGCUGGGUGCUGGCGACCUGCAAGCACUCACGUGGACAUCCCGGUCUACGUCAUCCUGUGUGACAUCAAGUGCCCACAUUCUGUACCAGCAAACACCUGCCCGUUCCAGCCCUUGGUGGGAGCACACCUCCUGUCCUCCACACCCUGCUGCUAGUGAGGACGAGGGAGUUCUCAUUUCUUAGCAUUUUCAGUGAAGGAUACAACGAUGCCUAAUGUAUUUGACCUCUCGCUUGUGUCUCUGUGUAGGUGGGUGGGUGGGUGGGUGCGUGUAGGAAGAGGCAAAAAAGGCAUUAUUUGCAUUUUAAUAAUUCUGUGAGACAAAGAACGGGAAAGUCUGUAUUCCUUGGCUUACUUAAACCUGUUGAUUAUAAACCUAGCCUCAAAAUAGAUUGACAGGUGUAAUUCAAGUAAGCGUGCGCGUGUCCGAGUCUAUGUGAGCCCUGUGUGCGUUGGUGGCCAGACUCGAGUUUGCAGCAUUGUGUUGGUCCCAUGGAUGCCUUGUUGAACACUGAGCAUGCCCUCCUCCUGCUUGCCAGUUCUUGUCACCACCACGCUUCUUGCACCUCUGCCCCACACAGUCUCCUUCCACCAGCCCUGCUGGUUGCUCUGUAUGUGUGGAGGCCUCCAGGAGAAGCACAGCUUCUGUUGAGACACUUGCAGAAGGCUAGUCCCAGGGCCAGGAGCACACCCUGAGGCUCCCACAGGCCUUAGGUGACUUCCGCUGAUGCUCUUGGUUCCUUGCUGUGUCCUGCCCCCACCCUCCUCUCCUUCUGCCUGCUGGUCCCUUGACCUGCACUAUGAGUUAGUUGAGUUCCUUACGAUACUACGGUGAAUGCCGGGUGCUAGAGCCCCUCUUGUUUACAAGACAUAAUGAGGGAUUUGAAAUAUGUAAAAAUAAACACGAGAAGCUAAAAUGUUCUUCCAUCAUAAGCUUAAAGGGAAAAAAAAGUAAAAA